ACUCCAUGAUUGACAGUGAUACUGAUGAAUUUUCACAACAUGUAUCGUGUACAGUUGUACCUUAUGUAGAACAACAACCUGUAGCUGGUAUUGAAGUUUACUUCCUGAGACAAUUGGCUAAUCCUUUUCGUGUUGCCUGGACUCUUAUCAAGUUAGGCUAUGAACCAUUGGCACCAGUUCAGUUCAGUUCGCCUCUUGUUCUAUUUGGUUUAUCAUCUCCAAUUUAUGUCUAUCCGAAUUUCUUUAAGUAUACCUAUCAUUUAAUGAAAACAAUAGGUGUUUGGAAUGUGCUGUCAACAGGAUUGUUUGCAAAUGCUACACAUGAUUUUAUUGUGGAAAUAUUUCGUGCAGCGUUUAGACGAAGAACAAAUAUAUGGAUGCGAACAGAAAAUAAUUUUCACAAUAAAAAACAGAUCGUCAUUCAUACUACUACUAAUCAACAAACCAAUAAAGAAUUUCAGGCUGAACGACUUUUGGAAGAGUCAAGACUUUCAGUUUUCUUUGAAAGAUUUACUGAGAUAUUAUCACUGAAACUUUGGGAAGUCUUAGUCAGUCAUCCAUUUUAUGUGAUUACUGUUCGACAGAUUGCAGCUUUGAUUGGCAAGGAAACUCAGUAUACAUUUUUUCCUAUGGCUGUUCGAGCUGUUUAUCGUGAAAAUGGUAUUUUAGGAUUUUUCCAGGGUUUUAUACCACGUUUAAUUGGUGAAAUGAUUUUAACAUCAGCUUAUUAUUGUUCUUGUCGUCUGGUCAGAUUAUUAAUAUUUGGAUUAGGUAGAAGAUCUACUGAAAAUAUGAAUAUUUUACGUGUAUUAUUAUACUAUACAUUACAUAAUUAUACUUAUCCAUUUGAAUUAACCGGUUGUGUUAUGGCUGUACAUGGUGCAAAUUUAAUUGGUGCUACUGAAUCGAAUUCUUUUCAUCAUUGGUAUGAAUGUCAACGUUAUCUUAGUCAAAAUCAACAAUUAAUUCGUGGUUGGCGUCCAUUUCUACGAAGUCAUGUUCAACAAAUUCAUUUACCAAAAUUAAAAAGUUAAUUUCAUGAAUUUGUCUAUUAUUACAUAAAUAAUCUAUUGUAAAAAAAAACAAACAAACAAACAUCUUGCAAAGAUGUUUCAUUGUAUUAUUGUACUCCAUUCUUCUAGUCAAUAUGUUCAAUGUAAUUUUUGUAUAGUUUCCAUAUACAUUAGAAAAAAUUGAAUAAAGCUUGUAGCUGUGAUUAAAAUGAAAUUUUAUGCUCAUCCACCCCAUUCACUCUUCCCCAACUCCCCCAUCCCGAUUAUUAUUUAUGUUCUUUUAUUUCUGUAAACAAUAAUGGUAGUGGAUCAAGUAGUGAAUCAAGUUAUGUUAAUGAUUUAAGUAUUCCAGUCG